AUGACUCGCCAGUCCAGCGCGGGUUUCGCGCAGUUCUUCCCAACUGCCCCGCGGGCAGCCAGGGAGAAGGCUACAGAGCGCGAGAAAGCAAGGCUAAGGACACAAGAGACGGCUGGCUCGUUGCUUGCCUCGCAGCCUGUUGUCCUUGCUGCUCCUGCCGAUGGCCUCAAUGGCCAAGCCGCACCUACAGACGCAAACCUGGUGAGCGGGUCGCAUCACCAAGCAGAGGAUCAUGGGUCUCCUCUCGGCGAGAUCCUGACCGCUGUUGGCUCUGCAAGCUCCCACGCAAGCACAGGUUCAUCCAUAUUCAGCGCAACGACGCGGCAGUCCCUUGCCAGCGGCUUGUCUCAAAACGCAGCUGCAAGCACCGUCACCCCGCUCACUUCAAUUGAGUCGCCCUCAGUCUCUGGUCAUACACAUCCACCGAAGCCGACCACAUCCAACUCCCAGAUUCCCGACCAUCAGCAGUCGUCCACGGCUCACCAUAGCCCAGCCCAUAUGCCGAAUGGCUCAUCAGAUUCAUACCCUGCCAUUGAUCGCGUUCCCGCGCGUGCCCCCGGUCGAUCGCGAAAAGGUGUCAAAUGCAUCUAUGACCCGUUACUCGAUAAGACACUUUCGAAGGACAAGAUCAGGGCCGCCAAGCCAACAUUCAAAGAGUUUGGAAUGGAUGACGAUGACGCCCCCCCUUCAGAUCCUCGCCUAGCUAUGGGCGGGCGAUUGAAUUACAUGAACACCGACUUCCGUCACCACAAGUCUCGCCUCAGGCCCGCCGCAUACAACCUGAAACCGUAUCCUUUCGAGCCUAAGACCUCCAUCGGCCCGGGCCCGCCAACACAGAUCGUCGUGAUGGGCUUCAACCCGCUCAUCAACUUCCAGAAGGUCUUGCAGGCGUUUGCAACUUUUGGCGACAUUGCCGAGAGCAGCAACAAGAUGCACCCCGAGACAGGAAGCUAUCUCGGGUUCGCAACCUUUCGUUACCGGGACUCCCAGCCCAGCCGAUCCAGGCCUAUGGCCAUCAAAGCGAUCGACGCUGCUCGGCGCGCCCUGAGGACCAUGAAUGGUCAACGCAUCGAGAGCAACAACAUCAAGGUUGAAUACGAUCCCAAUGGCAAGAAAAGUGGCCGUAUGCUUGAGGAAACUGUCAAUAGGGACAGAUCUACCCCAAACCCGUCAAAUGUUCGACCUCCGCCAGCUGGGCCCAGAACAACAGCGCCGGAGCCAGCACACGGCCCGCCGCCAAUGGCGCCUCGAGGACCUGCGGCGCAUAGGCAAACUGCGACGCCAAUGCCCACCGGCCCUGGCAGGCCUAUUCAACCGAUCAAACAACACAGCGUUGUAGAGGAUAAGCCGAUAGCACCACAGCUAGCUGGCGAGCCCUACAUUUUUGUUCCAAGUGCUAAGGUCCCAGUCAUGCAUACAACUGUUCCACACAUGAAGAAGAGACUCAAGGCACACUCUUUUGACGACAUUCGUGUCGACCGAACGGGCUACUACAUCGUCUUUCCAAGUUCGUCCUUGGGCCGAUCUGAAGCAGAGCGAUGCUUCAGAAAUGUCCACAGAACUGAAUUUUUCAACUACGAGUUCUAUAUGACGCUAUGUUUGCCCCCGCUCAUGGACGACAAGACCGAAACUACGGCUCAUGCACCACGUCGACGAACUCCAAGCCCCGAUCGCAAGCGAAAACAAGAAGUGCGGAACAGGGAGGAUAACGACCGACGACGUCAAGAGGAAAAGAACGACCUGGAGGAGGAGAAGCGCCAAAGGGCCAAGAAUUUUGAUCCUGUGCAAGCAGCUCGGGAGGUCAUCAGCCAUGAAUUGGCGGAGCACUUGAUCAAGCACAUUCGUACGCGGGUAGCAGCACCUGCCCUCACGGCGUUCCUUGACCCCAAGAACCAUAUUGCGAGACGACGGCAGCUUAAUCUCGAGGACCCGAUCGAGUCGACGCCCUCGCGCAAGACUGCAACAGGCAACGAAAGCCCCCAGGUCGGCACCCCGAAUUCGGGUGCCGAUCCUAUCGAGAAGCGCACCGGGCGCCUCGAAAUAUCGGCCCUGCCGCGUAUUCGCAAAAUCAAGAAUCCAGGACAGGCGCAGCAGAGGAACUACGGCUUCACCGAUCCCUUUGCCCGGAAACGACCGCCGCAAGCGCGAAACGCCUUCCGCUCCCUCCACCACCGACUCAAAAGCUACGACAGUGAUGUCGAAUCGGAUGAUGAAGGCAGGAGAUCUGUGGCUCGGGAAACUGAGGAGCCCGAAUCUCGUCCUCGUAGCCGUAUGAGUACGGAUGAUGAAGAUGAUGAAGCGUCGAAGGAUGAGCUUGGCUCGUGGGGAGCUGCUGAAGAAGACUCCAUGACCGAAGCCAGCUUCGCAGUUGGAACCCUACCCACAAAAAAGCGGAAGCUCGAGCUCGAGGCGCAAACUGCUCUGAAGCGACAGAAGAAGUCCGACGAGGAACUGUUCGGCGUCACUCUCGACCAUAUCGAGACUGGACUUCCUGUGCAUCCCGUGUCGGAAGGUGUCACGCCCGAAUGCGAUCUGCCCGGCGGCAAAGAAGAGAGUCUAUCUCGUUCCGAGACGCCUAGCCUUUUGGCCGGUAAGCUGCUCUCUAAGAAGAUCAAAUCAAAGAGGAAAUCCAAGAAGCAGCUCUUCGAAGAGCGCGAGGCGCUCAAGAAGCAUCAGUCUGAUAUUGAAGGAUCUGAGGCGCCCGAAGACCGAGAAACGCCUGCUGCUGAGGACCCCAAGAAAUCGGAACCUGUCGAGGAAGAGGAGGCCUAUCAACCAGCUGCUGUACCGACGGACCUUAGUUUGUUCGCCUACGAGCCCACGAAGGCACUGCAACUUUCGCAAGAUUCGAGCGCUAGCCUUGGACCGCUGCAAGAUGUGGAGUUUUCCCCCGCAGACCUUCCCAACUUUGCCAAACUGCAGAAAAGGUUCCCUGUGGCUGAUUUCGACGAUCCUCUGCUGUGGCUAUGGAGGCGAAACCGCGUGCGGGAGGUCAACAACCUGGAUCAGUCGGCUGAAAAGAGCCUUGCGAUUGAAGGGUACUAUGUCCCCAAUCCUACAGGUUGCGCCAGGACGGAGCCUAUCAAGAAGAUUCUCAAUUCGGAGAAGUCCAAAUACCUACCUCAUCACAUCAAGGUCCAGAAGGCCAGGGAAGCAAGAGAGGCUCGGGUACAGAAGGACGGCAAGACUGCGCCCACAACUGCUCCUGCUCCUGCCCCUACGAAGGGUAACUCGCGAGCCAAUCGUGCCAACAACCGCAGACACGUCACGGCACUGCAAGACGAAAUGAAGUCCUCGGGCGAUCCCGACGUUUUCAAGUUCAACCAACUCAAGAAGCGCAAGAAGCCAGUCAAGUUUGCCCGUUCUGCGAUCCACAACUGGGGUCUCUACACAGAGGAGAACAUCAACAAGGACGACAUGAUCAUUGAGUAUGUCGGCGAGCAAGUCCGGCAACAGAUUUCAGAAAUUCGCGAAGUCAGGUACCUCAAGCAGGGCAUGGGCAGCAGCUAUCUGUUCCGCAUUGACGAGAACACGGUCAUCGACGCAACGAAGAAGGGCGGCAUUGCCCGAUUCAUCAACCACAGCUGUAUGCCCAACUGUACCGCCAAGAUUAUCAAAGUGGAUGGCAGCAAACGCAUUGUCAUCUAUGCACUUCGCGAUAUUGCACGAAGUAAGUCAAACCCUCCACGGUCUACAUUGGGUAUCCUCGUAUGCUAA